GGCGAGCCGAAGAGGUGAGAAGGAUCCUGCGAGCCGGCGCGGGGCAGCGAGUCCAGAGCCGCCGGCGGAGGGACUGACUCUCCCCUGCGCUCCAGCCCCCGCCUCUCCCCGAAGCCAGCCGGACCUGCACCCCGCGCUUGCCCCCGCUCCUCCUCCCCCCGCCCAGCCCCGCGCGCUCCUCCCCGGCCAGCCCCUUGGCGCGCGGCGCGCUGGAGGCGAACACGGGCUGAGCCGAGCGCCGCGGCCGCCGACCACCGAGCGCCCCGUGCCGUUCCCUGCAUGUGCGGCCCGCGGCGGCUCCCAGCCCCCGGCAGCAGCCUCGGCAGCUUCGGCCGCGCUUCGAGAGGCGGCUGCAGCGGCUCCAGCGGCGGCCGAACGGCCGAGCCCGGGCUGGGAGACACGAUGCGCCGCGUCCUUCGGCUGCUCCUCGGCUGCUUCCUCACCGAGCUGUGCGCCCGCGUGUGCCGGGCGCAGGAGCGAGCGGGGCACGGGCAGCUGGCGCAGCUGGGUGGCGUGCUGGUGCUGACGGGGGGCAACCGCUCCGGGGCCGCCUCCGGGGAGGCCGGAGAGGGCGCGGGUGUCUCGGACGCGCCCCCGACCCGGGCGCCCACGCCGGACUUCUGCCGGGGUUACUUCGAUGUCAUGGGCCAGUGGGACCCGCCGUUCAACUGCAGCUCGGGCGACUUCAUCUUCUGCUGCGGGACUUGUGGCUUCCGGUUCUGCUGCACGUUUAAGAAGCGGCGCCUGAACCAGAGCACCUGCACCAACUACGACACUCCGCUCUGGCUCAACACCGGCAAGCCCCCGGCGCGCAAGGACGACCCCCUGCACGACCCCACCAAGGACAAGACCAACCUGAUCGUUUACAUCAUCUGCGGGGUGGUGGCCGUCAUGGUGCUCGUAGGCAUCUUCACCAAGCUAGGACUGGAGAAAGCGCACCGACCCCAGAGGGAGCACAUGUCCAGGGCCCUUGCAGAUGUCAUGAGGCCGCAGGGCCACUGCAACACCGACCACAUGGAGAGAGACCUCAACAUCGUGGUCCACGUGCAGCAUUAUGAGAACAUGGAUACCAGAACCCCCAUAAAUAAUCUUCACUCUACCCAGAUGAACAACGCAGUGCCCACCUCCCCUUUGCUGCAGCAGAUGGGCCAUCCGCAUUCGUACCCCAGCCUGGGCCAGAUCUCCAACCCCUAUGAACAGCAGCCUCCUGGCAAAGAGCUCAACAAGUAUGCCUCCUUGAAGGCCGUCGCCGACAAGGCCAAUGACGACUUCUACUCCAAGCGCCGGCACCUGGCCGAGCUGGCGGCCAAGGGGAACCUCCCUCUGCACCCCGUGAGAGUGGAGGACGAGCCGCGGUCCUUCAGUCCCGAGCACGGCCCCGCCAAGCAGAACGGACAAAAGUCUCGCACCAACAAGACAUCCUCACACCCCCUGGCCUACAACUCCAACACCAACUUCAAGGGCUGGGACCCCAGCGAGCAUUCUCUCCGGCGGCAGGCUUACGGCAGCAAGGGCAAGCUGGGCACUGCCGAGUCGGGCUCCAGCGACCCCCUGGGAACUCGCCCCCAGCACUACCCACCCCCACAGCCCUACUUCAUCACCAACAGCAAAACAGAAGUGACUGUCUGAGCUGGCGCCACACGGAGCGUCCUGGAGACCACACUCAACUGAGAGGCAAAAAAAAUCUUCCGGCCCACACUCUCCCUGGCCUCGCCCCACACAGCCACCCACCACUCACCCUCCAUACCCACCGACCAGAAACCCACUGGUGACAUGGAAUCACGCUUGUCCUGGGUCAUGCCUAACACCUGUUGGCUGGCAGCUGAGCAGAAAUGAAGCAUAGACGCCCAGCAGUACCGCAAAUGGGGAAACUGAGGCACACUCUUUCGGCCUCAGGCCCAAGGUUGCCGACUCACAUGCCCAAACCGUGGGGCUAAUUGUCCUUUUCCUCCUAACUUGAAACUAAAAUCCAUGAUGAGAAAUAACAGUAGCACAAUAUAGAGAAAUUGUCCAUUUGAGCACAUACACUAUUUGCCACAAGCUGUCCAUUUCUGGGUGAACGAGCCAGGACGGAGGGCGGGUAGAAAAUGCGGGGACACCAGAGGUGAGUGUACUUGAAAAGAGGAGUCGUUUAGGAGGAAUCUGCACAUUUGAAGUGUUUUCUAAUCCUAAGACGUGGUGGUGUGGACACACCAUUUUGAUGAACGUGAGACAGUAGCUGGACCCGAACCAUUCUCUUUCUAGUCCUUUUCAUAUCAUCCACGUCCGAAGCAAAAAAACAAACAACCUUCAAACUCACAAAAUGUAAACGAUCCUGAACCCACUAACAGUGAUGGGGAAGAGAGAGCAUUUUAGGACUCCCAUUAAGACCAUGACUAUGGACAUGGGAGGGAUGGCCUUUGCUGGCAGGGAGAGGGUCCAGAGGAUAUUAAAUAACUUUUCUUUAUAAAAAGAAAAAUGAAAUAUGAGUCCACUACAAAACAGACAAGAACAGCAAACUCAUUUUCAUCCCAAAUCUUCAAGACUUAGGAAAUCAAAGGCGACAUCAAGAACAAUUAAAAGAAAAAUCACAGCUGAAAGGUCAGCGAGAGGCGAGAAGGGGACCCAGGGGUCCGGUUUCUGGCAUGUCCCCCUGGCCUCUGAGACCAGACAGACACACUAACCAGUCCUCCACUCACCGCCAGUCCGCGGCUCCCUUCCCUUCAGCCCAUUGCUGCCGCCGCCACCACCAAAUUCCAACUGCUUUGGACUGAAAAUGUCAUACGUGUGGGUGGUGCCUUCAGUGUGUUACUGUUUAGUGACCGUCUCAUCUCCCAAGUGCAACCUGUGUUCUUUUAGCCUCCCUCCCUCCUGUGUUUCUGCAGUGAUAGAAGAUGUUUCCAACCUCCCUUUGUUGGCGAGCCCACCCCAUCACCCCCUCUGGGGAUGCUGAGCAGUGUCAGGGGGACCUACAGACCAACACCUCCCUAUCUCCCACACUGUCCAAAAUCAAUGCCCUACCACUUUCUAGCUCCCCAAACCUAGCAAGCAUUUCCAGUCCCAUAAUUCCCAGGGACCCCCACACCACCUCUCUAGACACUUAAGUGCAUUCAUCUCCCAACCAGAAUUCCCUGAGGUGGUUUUCAGGUUGGUUCUCACAGUCAAUGUCCCAACAGAGGCAGUUUUCAUGCGAGUUCUAUUUGUUUUAUGGAAGCCCAAAGAGGGUUGUUGAGAGAGAAGAGAUAAGUAUUUGAGGUGAGACGUUCUCAACCAGUCCCUAAAGGUCUAGGUCUUAGCUAAUUGACAGGGAUCCUUGAGAGCCCCCAGCUGUUCCUGUGUCAGAAGCUGUACAUGGUCCCAACAGGUCUCAGAGCACUUCCUGGGAUGCUGAACUCCAGCGCUCUGCCUCACCCAUCUCUCCCUCUGAUGCUGCCGGAUCAGGCAGACCAGGUAGUCCUUCUCCUGUUCACUCCCAGCUGACCUGCGGACAUUGACAAUGCAUUUUAUCUAUCUGGGUUUUAGCCUCUGGCCUGAAACAUGAGGAACUGAGGCCUGACCAAGCUUUUUGAAAUAGCAAAACCUCUGCCAUUUUUUUUUAAAAAGGGAACUGUGCACAGAAGCCACUGUAUAAGAUUCCCCUCUCAUAGCGAGGACUGUGCUGGACGAAGCAGACAUGAGAGAUUCAGUGCCCACUCUCUCAGCCUCUUUGCUGGGACCCCAGUGCUCCCCAUAGUGGAGGAAACACCACUGGGCUUGGUUUCCUGGACUUAGUUACCUGUAGACCUGCAACACACUUUUGGUAUCUGUCUCACCUUCACAGUAUUUGUAUCGAAAUUGAUUCACUUUUAAUAUAGUUAACUUUUAAAAGAAAAACUUCCUGCCAUCAUCACAAAUAGAAAACCAGAAUCAGUCACCCUAAAUAGAAAGGAAGUAUAAAAAUCAGUACAAAGGCAACAAAACAGCAGUUGUCAAGUUCUAGCUAGAUACUAUUGCUGUGGAAGUGUCUGGACCUAUAGACUGGCACUUGUGCCUCUCUCUCUCUCUCUCUCUCUCUCUCCUCUCCCCCCUCUCCUUUUUUUUUAAUUAAAACAAGAUUAGCACAUGUUAAAGAGUUGUCAAAGAUAUACCAGCCUCUAAUGAAGACUUUCUCCUUGAAGUAACUAGAUGGACUGAGAAAAAUGCAAAGGGAAUCAUGUCCUAUGUGACUCAAUGCUAAUUAGUGCCAUGCCCAUGUACUACUUAAAAUCAUUUUGCGUAUGCUAGUGGUACACAGCCCAUGCUUCAGGAAGCACUGGGCCGGCUUCUCUGGGAGGUUCUCUCCAGCUCAAAAGUUCUGCAAUUCUAGUCUCCCUCUUAGCUCAACUUGGCUCUCUGCCCUCAACUCACUUCAUCUCACCUUUACCACAAUCCUGGUUAAGGACUUUUUUUGGUCUCUGAAUCUACAGGAUUUUAUUUAUUGUCCAUGUUCCUUCUCUUCUGAGUCAACAUCAUCCAGUGACUUCUGUUAGUUGGGGGUUUGCAGCUACAAUUUGGGUGGCAGGGUUGUGACAUGGUCAAAAGGAUGUAGCUGUGAUGGCGACCCAAGAAGAACCAUACUUCACAGUCUCGUCACCUUCCAAUUGGUUUCCGGAACCAAACCGAGGGUGGGGAGUGUGGCUAGGGAAGUGUAUUCUUUGGUCUCCUCUGGGGAGGGUGGACAGACCUCAUGAUGCUGAGAGUGUCCCGAGGGAUGACCUAGGGAAUUGUGACUGCCCUGGAUCAACAAGGACCCAGUAGCUAGAGGAGGGAGACACAGAAGAGAACCCAGAAGAAAGCAGAGAGAUUAUUCCUUCCCCAUCCCAUGCCCCGGCACUAGCCUCUGCUUGCCUUUAGCCAUUCCGACUUCCAACCCCAUGGGAGCAGAGUCUUACGUCCCUUGGCCUUCCCAGAGCAUCUCAGCCUCCAUCCGCCUUGGGCUCCACCUGGCCUCCCCAUCUAACCCCCCAGGUUUUUGUGCAAAUGGAGCAUAUUUUAUGUGCGAAUAUUUUAGUAACCGUAUGUUCUGCAAGUAAACCUGUGUUAAUACUCGUCAACAACUGCAGAGUUUAUGAUACCAAUAACACUUCCUACAAUGAAGACAAAAAAAAACAUUUGUUUGUUUUCUAAGAAUGUUUAUUUGUAAACAUAUGUAUUCACUAUAUUAAUAUGAAUUUCUUACCUGGCAAUAAAAC